UAAUAUAAAAUUAUUUAUUUAAAUAAAAAUGGCCGCCGCGGAGAGCGGAGAGGAGAGACCGGGGGAGGGUCAGGGUGAAGAGGGACCUGCUGAGCCCCAGACCCCCACCAGAGAGAAAGACAGACCUCUCAGCAAAAUGAAGAAGGCCAAGAAGGAGCGUCGCCAUGGUGACCGGGGGGCAGAGACCGCUGCCACAGCUGAGCCUGGAGAGACGGAGCUACAGUCACGCAAAGAGGCUGGGCCAAAGGUCCAGGUAUCAGAGCCCAUUGCAGGCCCGUCUGAGCCCGGUGCCGCUGUGGGCUCAGAGUUGGAGGGCGCCAGUGAGACUGCAGGCUCCCCCAGGCAGCGCCGCUCCAUCAUCCGUGACCGUGGGCCCCUGUAUGAUGACCCAUCGCUCCCUGAAGGGUGGACACGCAAACUCAAGCAGAGGAAGUCCGGACGGUCAGCGGGAAAGUUUGAUGUCUACCUGAUCAACUCAGAGGGAAAGGCAUUUCGUUCCAAAGUGGAGCUUAGUGCCUACUUCCAGAAGGUCGGUGACACGACCACCGACCCCAACGAUUUUGACUUCACUGUCACUGGACGUGGAAGCCCUUCCCGCCGCGAGAAACGUCCGCCCAAGAAGCCCAAGGUGGUGAAACCAUCAGGGCGAGGCCGUGGGAGGCCCAAAGGCAGCGGAAAAAUGCGACAAGCAACAGAAGGUGUGGCAAUGAAGCGUGUGGUUGAGAAAACUCCUGGCAAACUGCUGGUCAAGAUGCCCUUUGGCAAGGCAGAGUCCGCCAGCACAACUUCCACUGCCUCGAAGGCCUCUCCAGCACUUUCCACCAAAUCCCGUCCUGGUAGGAAGAGGAAAUUGGAACAGGAACCUCCUGCUGUACCACAAAGUGCUCCCAAAAAACGAGGCAGGAAACCAGCCUCUGCUUCAGCAGCAUCAGAUGUUGCCAUAGCAUCCACUUCCUCAGCGUCCACCUCUGGAGGUCCAGGAGCAGGGAGCUACACUGCAGCUGCUAUCUUAGCCGCCGAGGCCAGACGGAGAGCAGCCAAGGAGUCUUCCACCAAACCUGCUGUCCAAGAAACCGCCCUGCCAAUCAAAAAACGUAAAACCCGAGAAACAAUUGAAGAGCAAGAGAGUGUUCAGGUUCCAGCAGUUGCAAAAGUGGAGAGUGGAAGUGGAACAUCUGCAGAAGGACAGGGAGGUUUAGGGGAAAGAGCCUCGACUGUAGAGUCUCAUCCUGUGCCCUCUGAGCAGAGCCAGUCACAGAAACAGCCACCCGGUUCGGAAGAAAGCCAAUCACAUGGACACAAGUCGCAUAAAGGGAGGAAGCACAAGGAGAAAAUGGGAAUAAAACCAGGAGAAGGACAGAGCAGAGGGGAAGAAGGACAUGGAGAUAUAGGUGAUAAAGGAGGAGAGACAGAAGGAGGAAGGAGUAGCAGCAGCAGUAGUAGCAUUAGGUCAUCAAAAAGUCACAAGAGGAAGGAGCGACCACCUCACAAACACCACCAUCACCGUCACCACCACCACCACCAUCACCAUCAUCAUCACCACCAGGAACCUCCUGCCGCCACGCUGGAUCAACCUGCCCCUUGUCCUCCUCCACCCUCUGGACAACCAGCACCCCCUGGUCAGUGUACUGCAGAAGUGCAGGCGCAGACUGUGCCCCAGCCCACCACCCUACAGUUGCAGCACAUCCAGCAAGUUCAGUCCAAGGCACUGUCUGAACCGAGGAAUCUCCCCCCCCAACAGCACCACUCACCACAAACCCAUCCCCAGCAUCAGCCGCACACUCAGUCUCCCAGUCAUCCUCAACCCCAACCUCAGUACACAACACCACAGUCCUCUCCCACUAAGCAUGCGCCGUCCCAGCCACGGCCCCAACACUCCCAGCAUCAAGCCCCCAGUCAGUCCCAGCCUCACAAAGCCCAGACGCACCCUGUCCACUCCUCACCCCAGCACCGAACCCAGCUUCAUGUUCAGCAGGCUCCACCUCAGUCCCAGUCUCAAUCAGUCUUGCACAUUCAAUCAUCCCAUAGUACACAGGCAAGACUCUCACAGCAGCAGCCUCAAUCCCUCACAGCACACCAACUUCAAUCCCACCCCAGACACCAUCCUCCACCGCACCUUCAACCUAAGCAACCACCUCAGCCCCAACAGUCAGUACAGUCUCAACUGGAAAGCAGGCCCCCAACUCAAUUACACCUUCAACCACAGCCCAGAACCCAAGCCCAACCUCAGCCACGGCCCCAUUCAAGGACCCCAGGCCAACAUCACACACAGCAACAAGUGAGAAUACCGACCCAACCUCAGCUACAACCCCAGCCUAGGUCCCCAAGCCAGCUUCAUCCUCAACCACAGGCCAGAAUACCAGGACACACUCAACCUCUACCCCAGGCCAGGAUUUCAUCCCAGCUGCAGCCUCAACCUAGAACCCCAGCACAAACUCAACCUCAGCCCAGAAACUUAGUCCAACUUCAGCCUCAAACCCAAUUAAGAACCACAGCCCAACCUAAGCCUCAAAUUCCAGCCAGGUACCAAAUGCAAUCCCAACAGCAAAUAAGGCAGCCAUCACAACACCAACUCCAGACACAGUACAGAUCACAGCCCCAGUCACCCCAGUCCCAACCUUUGUCUCAGUCCCAAGCACAACCACACUUUCAGCGAGCUCCAUCUCAGCCAUGCCCUGACGCCCAGUCCCAUCUACAGCUCACCAGGUCCCAUGGACAGCACAUCCCAUCCCACCGACCAUCUGCUAGUCUAACCAGACCCAAUGUAGUUAUGACUCAGCCGAUCCUAAGUGAGCAGCCCCAAGAUCUGAGUACCACAAGGCCUGCUCGAGGGAGCCUACUGUCAAGUCGAGAUGUUGGCAUGGAAGGGGUCAGGAUGGAAGGUCGAGGGGAACCAUCCAUGGCCUCAGAAAGCAGAGAGCUAUUAGGGGGAGGAAGAGGGUCAAACAGCACUUCUAGAGCUCCUAGCUCCUUGCAAAUGGUCACUGGGCCUCCAGGAGGAACUGGGGCAAAUCUUGCACCUGGUUCAGAAGGUCGGGCAAGGCAUCGAGCUGAGCCAGAGGUAACAGGUGAGGACAGAGAGCUCAGAGACAUUGUGCCUCAGUCUGCUGUUCCUUGCCCCAGCCGAGAAGAAACUGUAGAGUCACGGACUGUUGUCAGCGAAAGAGUCAGUUGAUUGGUCAGCUGACUCAGUAAGAGGUUGACUUAAUCAGUAGACUGACUGAGUCACCAUCAGGUGGAAGAGAAUUUCUACUGUCCUGGUCAUGAAAGUUUGAUGGAGACUUUGUAAAGUUUUGGAUCUGAGAACCAACUUGGCACUGACGGAACCCGAGAAGAGUGUCUUUUUCUAGGAAAAACAAAACACAUAGGAGAAAUUGAUAUAAAAAAGUAUGUACAUAUAAUCAAAAGGCAGCUGUUGUGUCCUGCUAGUCUCCGUGCUGGGGUGGGGGUGGGGGUAGUUUGGAACUAAAAAAAAAAAAAAAAAAAUAGAAAAAAAAUCCCCAAUGCUUAACAACACAUUAUUCUGAAAGAAAUGUUGCUUCCUGAAUAUAACUUUUUUUAUUUUGGUAUUUUGAUAGUUUUGUCUGUUCUACAGCUUUAAAUGCUGAUAUUAUUGACUGACAGCCUUUUACUCAUUGCUGUGCUGCUGACUGACAGUCCCUUAUUUAAAGUCUUGCUAUUGACUGACAGUCCCUUAUUUAAAGUCUCGCUGUUGACUGAUUGUCGCCACCUAUUGAAUGAGAUUAAACGUCCCUGGCCCUCACUUAAAGCACCUCAGAGGUGAUGUGGGGGUGUCGAUUUGCACCUUAAAUUGGGUUCUUAAAGACAUUUUAACUUUUUUCAUCCUCAUUUCUUGUAAAGAAAUUAAUCAACUGACAUUAAUCAAAGCGGGGAUUAGCUGUUUUUCCACAUCCACUUCCACAGCGCCCCCUACAGGUAGCUAUGCUGAAUAUUUCUUAAAAAAA